AUGUCAUUUAUGAAUGAUGAAAUCAAAUUUCAAACCAAGCAAGCUGGUGAACUUACCGUUACACGUCAAAAACAUAGUGCUUUAUAUACUCUUAAUUUUCCAGCUUGUCCAGCAGUUAAAAUUGAUUUACCCGAUGGACUGCUAUCUGCCUUGGGUAGUGAUGUAUCGCCCGUGGAAGUUUAUAAAUCAAGAGACCAUAUGCUUGUUUACGAAAAGGAAUCUGAUGUUCAAAAAUUGUCACCGAAUUUUAUGGCUUUAGCCAAAAUUGAUACCAUAUUUGCUGUGAUUAUUACUGCUCCUGGUGACAAAGUCGAUUUUGUUUCGCGACUCUUCGCACCAAUUGCCGGCAUCUCUGAAGAUCCUGUUUGUGGAUCAGCACAUUGCAGUUUAACUCCUUAUUGGGCUGAACGAUUGGGCAAGAAUCAAUUACACGCGUACCAAAUAUCGGCACGUAGAGGUGAACUUUGGUGUGAAAACAAAGGUGAUAGAAUACUAAUAUCAGGCAAUGCAGUUACCUAUUUAAAAGGGGAAAUAAGCGUCUAA